AACCUGUCGAUGAUAGCGAUCUAGAUCGCGACUACCACCCAGAUAAAUCUUCAUCUAUGAGUGAAGCAGAGUCGGAUGAAGGCGAUUUAGGCAAUUACCAGAUAAAGCGUAGCAGGAAAAGGGUUCGAAACGAGUCAUCUUGGAUAAGGAAUAAAGCCAGGAAGUUCAGGAACAGUGGUGGGGAGUUCAUCGGUCAUAGGAAAUUGCUAAAACCAGCAAGAGCCGUUCAAGAUCUGGCAGAUCAUCACUGUCGAUACCAGUGUAAUAGUUUUUCAAAUGAAGAUCGCCAACAAAUCUUUGAAGACUAUUGGAAUUUGAGCUCAUGGAAUCUUCAAACGGCAUUUCUUACCGCUUGUAUGGAAACACGUGCACCUUUGAAAAGAAAAUUAGGUGUUGAGCCACGUAAACAGUAUUGCCAAGAAAAUAACAUUCAAAACCCUGUUAAAGAGAGCUUUUAUAGAUUUAUUUUUACAACGCAAUUCAAUCUUCGUUUCAAACGGCCCCACACUGAUACAUGUACAAUAUGCGAUAUCCUUGAAAAUAAAAUCAAUAACGACAAUAAUCCUGAAGUAGUGAAUGAUAGUAAGAUCCAGAAAGAGAUUUAUUUACGAAAAGCUGAACAGGCUAGAUCAGCUAAAAAUGAUGUCAAGAAAUUGGGCAAGGAUAAUCCAAAUACUGUAAAUGCAAUAUGUUUUGAUCUAGAAAAAACUCUCCCCACGCCUGUAUUAACUUGUAGUAUAAUAAAUAGCAACAUGAGUGACGUGGUUGCAGAUCUGGUUAUAGAUAAUGAUAUUUUAAUUUCAUUAAUCGAAGAAAGAUCUGUCUUGUGGGAUAAAACCCUCGACAUAUUUAAGGACAGAGAUGCCACGAGAAACGCUUGGCGUGAAGUUUGCCUGGGAUUGCAUAGCGACUUUGAUCAAUUGACUGAAAAAGAUAGAUCUGUUUUUGAGACUACAGAGAGUUUCGUCACAAAAGACAACAAGGAAAUCGACGCCUCUGGCCACCAACCUCCUGAGAGCCCGCAGAACACACGACAUGAAAUACGCCAAUCAACAGUAAGAAAGGAGAAAGCUCUUUCCAAUGGUCAACCACCAAAAAGACGUAAGAAACUCGACGAAGUAGAUUUGAAGAUUUUAAAUGCACUGGAAAACAAAGAACCUGAGAAUCCAAACUCACAAAUGUCCUUCUUUCAAAGUCUGCUGCUGCACACAGAGACUUUUGAUAGUGAUCAAUGGCUUCAAUUCCAAAUGGAGGUUCUACAGGUCAUUUCUAACAUUAAGAAUCAAAAGUACGCAGCUCUUCAAGGCUACACUACACAACGCGCUCCCCAGUUUCAGCAGCAGAGUCAAUCAAUGCCAUACCAUUACCAACCACAAACCUUUCCACAGUCACCUCAACAAUGUUUCACAACUCCUAAGAAUAAUUCGUCCAACUCACGCCAGCCACAUUUCCAACUUAACGACCCACCAUCGCUUCCGUCAGUUUCUUCUCAACAUGCACUACCUACUCAACCACUCCAACCAAGGCAAAAUCACCCACCUUUAACAACUUCAUAUUCGUAUCCCCAACAACCUCCACCUUUUGACCCAAAAUCGACUUCCUCACUUUCUCAAAAUGACCUGUCUACUCCUCGAUACCAACCAAGGCAAAAAAAUCAUAAAACUUUCAUAACUCUGAUUCCGUCUCGCCCACAACCUCCAGCUUCACCAACACCGACACCCUCACCUUCUCCUCAAAAUGACCUGCCCACAUCACCAGCCCCAUCAAUGUACGACAAAGGAGUUACAGCAGCUGACCACUACGAAAACUUUUCUGACUUCCUUGAGGAAGACGACUGUGCAAGAAUUCUUGAUGAUGAUCUGGAUGAGCAAAUCGCGGAGCGUGAAGUCGUAGAAAACUAUUUUGAUCGCUAUUUGGGUUUGGCAAAAUCGAUAAUAAACGACAAAUCAGAAGAAAAGUCUGGCAACAGCGCGAAUUCCGUCCCUUCCACUGCGAGCAGCGCGCGUGCCCGAGGAGAGGGGAUCGUUCAAAUCGACGUUCGUUUGCCGAAAAUCGAACUGCCAAAAUACAGCGGCGAUGCCAACUCUUGGGUUGAAUUCCGGGAAAUCUAUAAUUCACUUAUACAUGAAAAUGAAAGUAUAACUGAUAUCCAGAAGUUUCAUUACUUGAAGGCUGCAUUGCAGGGAGAUGCCGUAAAUUCCAUUCAAUGCAUAGAUUUCACGGCAGCAAACUACAAAAACGCGUAUGAUGCUGUAAUAGAGCGAUAUGACAAUGUUAAAUUGCUAACUCAUAAUCACGUGCAGUCGAUUUUCAAUAUAACUCCGAUAGCUAGAGAAGCGGCCUGCGAAAUUAGGCGUAUCAUCGACACUGUAUCCAAACACUUGAAGUCCCUUGGGCAAUUAGGUGAACAGGUAGAUUCAUGGGACACACUCAUAAUCUACAUCAUAUCUACGAAGUUAGAUAAGUCGUACUUGAGGGAGUGGGAAAGGUCUGCGUCACGUUUGUCUGAUAAACCCAAGUUACGGGAUAUGCAAGAGUUCCUGAAGGGCAGAGCAAACGUACUGGAAACAAUAGAGUCCAAAGAUAAUAAUGAUCAAAUGGUUAGAGGUCGUCCGAAUGCGACCACGAGCAAAGGAUUAGCAUCGACUACAGCGCCCAAAUGUGUGAUUUGUAAUGAAAAUCAUUUUGUGCAGAAUUGCCCUUUGUUCAAUAAAUUAAGUGUGUCAGAGCGGUAUGACAAAUUAAGAGACAAAAGGGUGUGUAUGAACUGUCUCAGGUUAGGGCACUUCAGCAGACAGUGCAGGUCAAUUGGUUGCAAGCGUUGCAAAGCUAAACAUAACACGUUGUUACAUUUUGAUAAAAGUAACACUCCCAAAGAAAGUCAGAAAUCGAAACAAGCGCCGGCACCGUCGCAUGAAGCAGUUGAGGAACCCACCAACGGCGGCGAUAUCGCGGCUGCGUGCUUGUCGUCGUUCGCGCCAAGCCAGGCCUUGCUGUCCACCGCCAUUGUAGAAGUGUAA